AUGGACAGGAGCAGAAGAAAACAAUCCUUGCAAUCCGUAAACUAUAGAAAAACUCUUCAAACACAUGAACCAAAUGUAUCUUCUGCUGAAAGUCUUGACAUAUCAUAUAAUGACCAGGUAAGUAAUCCAUUUGGUGCAAUGAACAUGGAACGACCCACAACGACACCACAACGAGCCACGAUGACACCACAACGAGCCACAAUAACCCAAAACCAGCCACAAUGACCCACAACGAUCCACAAGUUCACAACAAUCCAACAAUAACAUUAUUCUGUGCCCCGAUCAUUGGCCACCAUCAGUACUUCCACAGCUAUUCCCUUCAGUAUUUGGCAUUUAUUACGUAUUUUCCGCCGAUGACGUCAUCAGCGUCCAAUAAUUGUUUUUUUGGAUCGAACUUGCAUCCAAAAAAAACAAUUAUUGGACUCUCUCGUGCGCAAACCCUUGCGCGGCCAAAAGCUUGAACCUAUAAGCGCGCGGAAAAAAAACAAAUGGCCUACAGCAGAUUUGCUUCGCUGAAUGAAAGUGAACUCUCCAAAUUAUUGGCAGAUAAGGAUAGUGAAAGCACGAAAAAAGCCUCAAAGGGGUAAAUAGGAGUAGAAAUAGAAUAUUUAGCUGACCUUUGACUUUGUGCAAGGUGUUUGAUACUCAAAUUGUACUUUUCCUACCUCAUGAACAGGAAUCGUUUUAUACCUUUCUCAUGUCUUUAAAUGUAUAAUAAAACAAUUACGGCUUUCGCAUGAUAUCAAGAAUUAUUCUGACCUCAGUCUAUGUUAUCCGCCUCAGCUUCGUUUCGGCAGAUAACAUUGACCUCGGUCUGAAUAAUUCUUGAUAUCAUGCUCAGCCUCAUCCAAUAAUUGCUUAUUAUUUAUUGUCAUGCAAAAUUGCAACUGAAGGUAAUUUUGGGAUCGUUGUGGGGUCGUUGUGGGGUUGUUGUGGGUCGUUGUGGCUCGUUCCAUGUUUUAGUAACUAUGGCAAUGUUGGUCACAAUAGUCAUUUGAGCAAAUGUUUGAGUUAUUGAAAUUUUUGGUGUGUAAGAGAAUUGUUUUGCAUUUACAUAUUUCUUUAAUAGGAAAACCUAGUGCACAAUGGUUCCAAACUCAAAAAAACAUCAACAAAGAAGGCAAAACCUGGAUAUUGUGCUUUGGAAAACUUACUUUUCUAUCUGGAAACGUAA